GCGCAAAGUAUCUUUUCCUCGCUUCUGGUCGCUCGCUUAUAAGUUAAAACUAUCUUUCCUCUUUCUUUUACUCGCCACUUCAUAUAGGAGAAGGAAAACCGGAAAACCUUUAGAAAAUUCCAGCCUCCGUUUCGGUAUCCUCCCCUUGGCCAAGCGAUUUCCUCCGUCUCGCCUCGUGCAAUCGAUAUUUGGACGUGUGUGGUGAUUUUAAGAUUGUUCCAGAUAUUUGCUAAAUUUUUUUUAGCAAGUGGAACAACCUCGAAAAAGUUCAAGGGCAAAUUGAAUACUUCGGUUUCUUACCAGUUCUUACAAGUUGAGUAAAAUUGAUUCUGUUGGUGCCUGAGAUCGAUUUCGUUUUUGGCCACCAACUUGAUCCGUCUAUUAGGUUUCGUUGGGUUCUCUUGAUAAUCUGGCUGGUGAAUCAAAGACUAUACUAGUGAUCUGUGAUCUGAUUCUUGGUAGGUAAGUUCCGGAUUUUGACUUUGGUUUGGUUGCGUUGUGAGGUUUGAGAAAAGGCAAACAGAGUAGGGGCAUCGAAUGUCUGCCUCUCUAGAGAAGUGGACCGAUGGACUGCAGUUCUCGUCCCUGUUCUGGCCUCCACCUCAUGAUGAACAGCAAAGGAAGGAACAAGUUGCAGCCUAUGUUGAAUAUUUUGCCCAGUUCACCUCUGAGGAAUUUCCAGAAGAUAUAGGCCAGCUAAUUGAAAGUCAUUAUCCUUCGAAAAAUGAGCAACUUUUGGAUGAAGUUUUGGCUACAUUUGUUUUGCACCAUCCCGAACAUGGCCAUGCUGUUAUUCAUCCUAUUCUUUCACUUAUAAUUGAUGGGACACUAGUGUACAACAGGAAUGCUUCUCCAUUUUUAUCCUUCAUCAAUCUAUUCAGCCAUAACUCUGAGAAAGAAUAUUCAGAACAGUGGGCUUUAGCAUGUGGAGAAAUUUUGCGGGUUUUGACCCACUACAAUAGGCCAAUUCACAAGGUUGAGAACUGUAAUUCACAAAUUGAAAGGAGCAACAGUGGCAACCAUGCAACUACAAGCAAGAUAAGCAAGACAGAAGCCAAUCAUACUCUACAACAGGAAGAUAGGAAACAAUUGCGUCCAUUAUCAGCUUGGAUUACAGAUAUUUUGCUUGCUGCACCAUUGGGAAUUAGAAGUGAUUAUUUUAGAUGGUGUGCUGGGAUCAUGGGAAAAUAUGCUGCAGGUGGUGACUUGAAGCCUCCGACAACAGCUUGUUCUCGUGGAGCUGGAAAGCAUCCUCAACUUAUGCCAUCCACUCCUAGAUGGGCGGUUGCCAAUGGAGCUGGAGUUAUACUGAGUGUUUGUGAUGAGGAAGUAGCUCGUUAUGAGACUGCAAAUUUGACAGCUGCUGCUGUUCCUGCACUUUUGCUUCCUCCCCCUAAAAAUGCCUUGGAUGAACAUCUUGUUGCCACACUACCUGCUCUUGAGCCUUAUGCUCGGUUGUUUCAUAGGUACUAUGCCAUUGCUACACCUAGUGCGACUCAAAGGCUGCUGCUCGGACUUCUUGAAGCUCCACCAUCAUGGGCACCUGAUGCACUUGAUGCUGCAGUACAACUAGUUGAACUCCUGAGGGCAGCUGAGGAGUAUGCAUCUGGCGUGAGGCUUCCAAGAAACUGGAUGCAUUUGCACUUCCUACGUGCAAUCGGCAUAGCAAUGUCCAUGAAAGUUGGCAUAGCUGCAGAUGCAGCAGCUGCUUUGCUUUUCCGCAUAUUUUCUCAGCCUGCAUUACUCUUUCCCCCACUGAGACAUGCUGAUGGAAUCAAAUUCCAGAAUGAACUUUUCGAUGUUUAUAAGAGCCAGGUAGUGGAUACUAUUUCCGUGUCUACGAUUGAGGCAACUGCUCAAGGAAUUGCAUCAAUGUUAUGCACACAUGGCCCUGAUGUUGAAUGGCGAAUCUGUACUAUUUGGGAAGCUGCCUAUGGCUUACUUCCACUGAGUUCCUCAGUUGUUGAUUUACCUGAAAUAGUAGUUGCAACCCCUUUGCAACCACCUCCUCUGUCAUGGAAUUUGUUUUUGCCAUUAAUCAAUGUCUUAGAGUAUCUUCCUCGAGGAAGUCCAUCUGAAGCAUGCCUUGUGAGAAUCUUUGUGGCCACUGUGGAGGCAGUGCUCCAGAGAACCUUUCCGCAAGAAAAUUCUGAGAAAUCCAAAAAAGCAAGAGCUCAUAGCAGUAUCUGGUCUGCCACUAAGAACUUAGUUGUCGCUGAACUUCACACAAUGAUACAUUCUCUCUUUCUGGAAUCUUGUGCAUCAAUGGAACUUGCUUCACGCUUGUUAUUUGUCAUGCUAACUGUUUGUGUAAGUCAUGACGCUUUGCCUAAUGGGAGCAAAAGACCAACAGGCUAUGGUGGAGAUUUAGCAGAUGAGAUUGAGGAGCCACAAACACUAAAUGGAAAAGCAUCUACAAGAAAUAAGAAUGGAAGAAAAAAGGGGCCAGUUGCAACAUUUGAUUCUUAUGUUCUAGCAGCUGUUUGUGCAUUGGCUUAUGAACUUCAGUUGUUUCCCUUGAUUUCAAAAAAUCAUCCAUGCUCUGAAUCUCAAGAUUCCACAAGAAUGGCAAAAGUUGCUAAGACCAAUAGAGCUUCACAUGAGUUUGAUAAGAGUAUUGCCUCUGCUGUAUGUCACACACGUCGAAUACUUUAUAUUCUUGAAGCUCUUUUCUCUUUGAAGCCUUCAUCUAUUGGUACAUCAUGGAGCUACAGUUCGAAUGAGAUAAUAGCUGCUGCUAUGGUUGCUGCUCAUGUUGCUGAAUUAUUUGGAAGGUCAAAGGCUUGCAUGAAUGCAUUGUCUGUUCUGAUGAGAUGCAAGUGGGAUGCAGAAAUUUCUACCAGGGCAUCCUCUCUUUAUCAGCUCAUCGACAUGCAUGGUAAAAUUGUUGCCUCUAUUGUUCACAAGGCUGAGCCCCUUGAAGCACAAUUGAUAUGGAAGGAUGAUAAAGCUUCUUCUAGUGGAAGGAAAAGCAGUAGAAAUGAUAAUAAGCACAGUUCAAGCCCAGAAUCUUGCACCAAUGCGUUAGAAACUUUCUCCAGGCUUGAAGAUGUAACUUCAAAAGAUGAUUCUGUGGUAUGGUCAUCACAAAAAAAUAUCACAGUCUUGGAUGCUCCAGCUUUGGCAACUUUUCUUACACUGGAUAGGAAUGUUGGUAACAACUUGAGUGCACAAGCUUUUCUAAGGUCUGUGCUUGCAGAGAAACAGGAACUAUGUUUCUCUGUUGUUUCGUUGUUGUGGCACAAAUUAAUUGCAGCUCCUGAAACAAAAAUGGAUGCAGAAAGUACAUCUGCUCAGCAAGGUUGGAGGCAGGUGGUUGAUGCAAUAUGUGAUGUUGUCUCAGCCUCACCGGUCAAAGCAGUAACAGCAAUUGUUCUACAGGCUGAAAAGGAUUUGCAGCCUUGGAUUGCAAGAGAUGAUGAACGUGGACAGAGAAUGUGGAGAAUCAACCAGCGAAUUACCAAAUUGAUUGUAGAACUUAUGAGGAAUCAUGACAGACCCGAGGCAUUGAUGAUUCUAGCAGGGGCCUCAGAUAUUCUGUUACGUGCCACAGAUGGAAUGCUGAUUGACGGAGAAGCAUGCACCUUGCCACAAUUGGAGCUCCUGGAAGUAACAGCAAGAGCAGUUGGACUUGUCACCCUACGAGGGGAGUCAGGCCUUACAGUUGCAGAUGGCCUCGCAAAUCUGUUGAAGUCUCGCUUGCCGACCACAAUCUGCUGCCUUUCACACCCAAGCGCCCUUGUACGAGCUCUGAGUACAUCAGUUCUUCGGGAUAUCCUCCAAAUCAGCAAAAUCAAUCCGAGCGAUUGUAUUCAUGAAGACAGACAAGGUUUCUCUGACUCAACUUACCGGUGCUUGAAUCUAGGAACUGUUAACUGGUUUGCGGACAUCGAGAAAUGCUUGAAAUGGGAGGCUCAUAGCAGGCUUGCAACUGGUUUGACUCUGGCUUUCCUUCACUCGGCUGCCAACGAAUUAGGCUGCCCUAUUUCGUGUUGAGGACAUAUUAGUCUCCAUAAUCGUUCAGUCUCUAACACAGUUGCUAAUGGAUGAAACAUUUAUUUUAUCAUCCGAGUGGUUCUUUCCUCAGAUUAUUCGGUGUUACUUUGGUUCAGAGAGCAGCAAUCUUUUUUGUUUCAGAUAAGAAAACACUGUAUGAUUUGAGUCACUAGAGAUUAUUGCAUUGUUUA